CUUAUCAUGCAAAGUUGUGAAAGAAACAUUUGCAUAAUGUGCAUGAUCUGUUUCAUAAUGACUCAUUACAGGUGGUUGUCGCAACAGUUGCUUUUGACAUGGGAAUUGACAAGUCAAAUGUUUGGCAAGUUAUUCAUUAUGGUUGGCCACAAAGCUUGGAGGCUUAUUAUCAAGAAGCUGGUAGAGCUGGAAGAGGUGGAUUACUAGCAAAUUGUACUUUAUAUGCUGACAUGACAAGGCUUCCAUCACUAUUACCUAGUAGAAGAGAUGCAGAACAAACUCAAAAUGCACUUAGUAUGCUGUCAGACUGUUUUAGAUAUGGGGUUUCAACAACAUGUUGCAAAGCGAAAACACUGGUUCAAUACUUUGGGGAGGAUCUGAUUGCAAUGAAAUGUGGAAUAUGUGAUAUUUGCAUAAAAGGGCCACCCAAAUGUGAGAGCCUCAUCAAGGAAGCAGAGAUAUUACUUAGUGUUUUGGUGGAACUGCAGAGCAGUGUAAAUUAUGGACAAUCAGACCUUAAUAAUAAAAGAACUGGAGAUCAUCAUUUUGGAAGAUGCUCAGAAAUGGUUUCCUUCAAGGAGGUCAUUGAAAGGGUGAUAUAAAAGCA